ACACACACACACACACACACACACACACACACAGUCUAAUGCUAGUGAACAUUUCAUUUUGAUCUGAUGAAAGAUUUCUGAUUUAGCAGUAAGUAAGUUACAAUAUCAUGAUCAUUAAUAAGAAAUAAAACACAACAUUAGUAAAAUAAUUAAAACCAUUUAAAUUGCUCAGGUCCUGGGCUCUGAGUGCACUGUUACGAUCCUGAUAUACAGAAUAAAUGAUAAAUUUGCUUCUUUUAAACACAUCAUUCAGGAUAAUUGAACAAGAUUAUGUCACUACAGGGCUGUGGAUUAGAAAGAGUUUUAAACCUUGUUAAGUUUUGCACUCUUACUCAUUACAUUACGACAUCCCCCGAACUACCUCUUGUUUUAUUGAAGCUAUUACAGUAUAUUUAGGUGUCAUGUCAUUAUGUACAAUGUGUUCUAUGUUGGAAGUUAAUAGUGUUAGUGUGGGAUGUACUGAGCCGAUGCUUGUUCCAGUUUCUACAUAAAAGUGAAGAGAACUGAAUAUGAACUCAACAAACAUGUUUGUUUUUUACUCUAAAAGAUAAAUUAGUGAGUAAAAUCCAAACUAGUUCUAGAUCUAGAAGUGUGAGUUUGUGUGUGUAUAUUGUGUACAUAAACCACAGGUCUGUCGUGUCUCUAUCAUUAGAAAUGAGUCGUCGUGUUUCUUUAUAAAAUUCUAUAACUUAUAACAUCUGAUCAUUUUUAUAACCUAUAAAAUGUAAAAAAUGUGAUAAAAAGUACUGUACAGAUAUUAAAGAGUUUUUAAAUGUGUGUUUAUGUACAGUAUAUAUACACACACAGACUGUGUACAGAUACACACACAAUAUAUAAAACUUCAUCACUCUCUUUUAAUCUCUAUUUAUUUCUACACAGGUGUUUUCACUCAGGACAGUAAAUGGGAUGUGAAAUAUCCUGAUAAACCGAUCUGUGCUGUGAGAGGAUUCAGUGUCUCCAUUAAAUGUAGUUAUUAUUAUCCACAAGGUCAUCAGGUGAUACAAAAGCUUUGGUGCUCGAUGAACUCAAAUACAGACGAAUGUGUAGACCCACCGUAUGUUUACGACAGUUCAUCAAACACUGAGUCAGACUUUGAGUUCACUGGAGACGACAAAUCAGACUGUACUUUAUUAAUCCACAAUGUACAGUUCAGUUAUUCGGGAGUUUACAGAUUCAGAUUUAUUACUGAUAAGGACAAAUACACAGGUGAACCUGGAGCGACUCUACAAGUUACAGAUUUAAAGGUGUCACUAAUCAGACUCAGUGGAAACGGAACCCUUAAACAAGGAGACUCCUUAAAUCUGACGUGUGAUGUGAGCUGCACACACACUUCCUCACAGUUUGUGUGGUCUAAGAACAAUCAGCGUUUAUAUACAUCAGGACCCGUUCUUCACUUUCCUGCUCUAACCCUGAGGGAUUCUGGGGAUUACACCUGCACUUGGGAAACUGGUGAGACGUCAAGAUCUGAAACCAUCAGCCUUCACGUGGAGGGUUUUGAUCAAUGGAAAAUCUGGAUCAUUAUUUUGAUUAUUGGGAUUUUGGUGAUCGUGGCCGCUGUAAUUUAUCUCAGGAGGAAACGUGAGAGAGGUGAAGAGAACGCACAGGAUGGAGCAAACACACACGAUAAACAGCCGAAGCCACAGCCGAGCUCUGUUCCUCAACUAGAUGAUGAAACAUUGCCUGAGGAGGAAGUGACUUACGCGAGAGUGUGUGUCAAAGACAAGAAAGUAACACAAGGGUGUGCCAACACCGAGCAACAGAAGGAGGAUGAUAAUGUCAUCUACAGCACUGUCAUUAAAUCCUGAUCACAUUAUUACAUCUCCAUCAAACUCAUCAGAACUGUAAAGAUUUCUGUGGGAACCUGUGAGAAGUUUAAUAUGAAUAUAAAAUACAUCUCAUCAAUUCCAGAUUAGUGUUUAUUCAUAUCAUUUAGUGAGAGUAUCUCGGUGUUUGACCCUUGAUUAGAACAUUGCCUUUAGUUUAAUAUUCACUCUGGCUUUUAUUCCUUUAUUAAUUGUUCAGUCAUGAGCAGAACAUCAUGUACACACACAUGAGCAAUGUAGAGCAAUGAGCAGCCAGUAUGACUACAGGAACCAGAUGGAACUUCUCACUUAACCGCUGUUAAAAAAAAAAGUUCCUCUAAAGUGAUAGAGUUCAAACACCAGCAGAUCUGUUUUCCAGUCUCUUAACAUUGUAUUAAAAAACUCUUAAAAAUACUUUAAAUUUCAAUAAAUAAAGUAAAUGUGGUUUCAGCUGUUUACCAUAUUGUUUAUAGUGCAGGGACAUUUUUACCCUAAAGAUUAUAAAUUCUGAUUCGCUGUGACCGUUAAUGCAGGGGCUAAAUCACAGAAAUCAUCACUGUACAUUCUUAACUAUAGAACAUGUAGAUGCUUUUGUAAAGUCAUUAAUAAAUGUUACUGGUAAUUUCUUAUUUUAAUGGAUCGUGGGAUUCUGCAUGAGAACCUUAAACCUCUGUUUAUUAGACAUUAGGACUGUUUCAUGGACCGCAUCACUUUAUCAACUUCUAAGCUGUUUAAUGCAGGACAGUGAUGUAAUUUUUGGACUCCAGACUUUACGGAUGUCUCGGAUUUCUUCCCUCGAUUCACUGAUCCUGUUGUGUACGUCGUGUCUUUCGUAAAAAUAAAAUCUCAAUGCUUUCUUAGA